CCAACUGGAAGCAAUAUGCAGAGAAGUAAGAUGAGAGGAGCCUCCUCCGGAAGGAAGACCGCUGGUCCACAGCAGAGGAAUCUGGAUCCGGCCCCUCCAGGCAGAUGGGAGGAUCGCUCCUCAGAGAACCCCGCUUCAGGAUCUGUGAGGAAGACAAGGAAGAAUAAACAGAAAACUCCCGGAAACGGAGAUGGCGGCAGUACCAGUGAAGCCCCUCGGCCACUGCACGCACUUCGGAAGAAAAGGGCCCAGGCUGACCCCACUGUUGAAAACAAGGAGGCUUUAAACAAUAGUGUGGAAGUUAAAGUGAAUAUUCCUGACGAGCUAAAACCAUGGCUUGUUGAGGACUCGGAUUUAGUUACCAGGCAGAAGCAGCUGUUUCAACUCCCUGCUAAGAAAAAUAUCGAUGCAAUUCUGGAAGAGUAUGCAAAUUACAAGAAAUCACAAGCAAAUGUCGAUAAUAUGAAAUAUGCAGUGGAUGAUGUCGUGGCAGGAAUAAAAGAAUAAUAUCUUGCUGUUUUUGAGAGGCCCCAGUAUGCCGAAAUCCGCAUGGCUCACCCAGAUGCGCUGAUGACCCAGGUUUAUGGAGCGCCACACCUACUGAGAUUAUUCGUAAAAAUCGGAGCAACGUUGGCAUAUAUGUCCCUUGAUGAGAAGAGCCUUGCAUUAUCGUUGGGCUACUUACAUGAUUUCCUGCAGUAUCUGGUAAAGAACGCUGCAUCUCUGUUUACUACCAGUGAUUACAAAGUGGCUUCCGUUGAGUACCGCCUCAAAGCCCUGUGA